CCUCCCAUAUAUGUUCCUUCGUCCGCAUACGCUCUUGUAAAGACAGGCUCUGCAUCUGACAUCAUACCAUGCCUCUCGCCAAGCUUCCUCGUCCUGCCCAGCUGCGCGUUCGCUCUCUGGCGACCGCCUCUGCGUCCCGGCCCCCGCUCAGCGGUCUGAGCGCGACCGCCAAAACCAAGGCCGAGAAGAUCUCCCAGGAGUGGAAGGGUACGAACGCAACGGGAGCCAACACCAAGAACUUUGUCGGCGGCGAGUUCGUCGAGAGCAAGGCGGAGCAGUGGAUUGACGUUGUUGAUCCGGCAUCACAAACCCUCUUGACGAGAGUGCCCGAGACCACUUCCUCGGAGUUCGCACAGGCUGUGGACGCUGCCCAACAGGCUUACAAGACAUGGAGCCGCUCUAGUGUUCUCACUCGUCAACGAUUCGUCCUGGACCUUCAGCACCAGCUAAGGCAAAACGCGGACGCUAUCGCGUCCAGCAUUGUGCUCGAGCAAGGAAAGACUUACGCUGAUGCGCAGGGUGAUCUUCUCCGAGGGUUGCAGGUGGUAGAAACUAUGGCGGGUAUUCCCACCGCGCUCCUGGGCGACACUGUUGAAGUCUCAAAAGACAUGGAUACCUCGACCCGUCGACUGCCCUUGGGUGUCUGCGCUAGCAUCGCGCCCUUCAACUUCCCCGCUAUGAUUCCCCUUUGGACAAUCCCCGUCGCCCUCGCCACCGGCAACACGCUCGUGCUCAAGCCCUCCGAACGAGACCCCGGCGCCGCGAUGAUCAUCGCAGAGCUCUGCCAGAGAGCAGGACUCCCAGCAGGUGUGCUGAACGUCGUGCACGGCACUGUCCCGACUGUCAACGCCAUCUGUGACCACCCCAAGAUCAAGGCGAUCAGCUUUGUGGGAGGUGAUCGUGCGGGCAAGCACAUCUACGAGCGCGGCCGUGCUUCUGGCAAAAGAGUGCAGGCGAACUUGGGUGCGAAGAACCAUGCGGUUCUAAUGCCAGACGCCAACAAGAACCACGCGUUGAACUCGAUCAUCGGCGCAGCUUUCGGAGCCGCUGGCCAGCGAUGCAUGGCCAUCUCCGUCGCCGUUUUGGUCGGCAAUGCGCAGUCUUGGCUGCCUGAGCUCAUCGAGCGCGUCAAGAAGCUCAACGUCAACCAAGGCUUCGAGCAGGGCGCCGAUCUUGGCCCCGUCAUCUCUCAGGCCUCGAAGCAGCGCAUCACCAGCCUGAUUGCCUCGGCCCAGGAGGAGGGCGGCAUAAUCGCGCUCGACGGACGUGGUUACCAAGUUCCCGAGUACCCUGACGGCAACUGGGUCGGACCUACGAUCAUUGAGGCCACCACCACGAUGCGGUGCUACCGUGAGGAAAUCUUCGGCCCUGUCCUCGUCGUGAUCAAAGCCGACACGCUCGAUGACGCGCUCGCGAUCGUCAACGAAAACAAGUACGGCAAUGGGACAGCCAUCUUCACACAGUCUGGGGCGACCGCACGCAAGUUCGAGCGCGAGGUCGAGGUUGGUCAGGUCGGCAUCAACGUGCCCAUCCCCGUUCCGCUCCCGAUGUUCUCCUGGAGCGGCAACAAGGCCAGCUUCCUUGGGGACAUUCCGUUCUAUGGACGCGGCGGUAUCGACUUCUAUACUCAGAACAAGACGACGACGGCGCUGUGGAAGGCCGAGGACGCGAUUGGGAACAAGGCGUCUGUGGACAUGCCUACCCAUCAUUGAGCAUUCAGCGAUCGGUCUGGGAUGUGUACACUGCACUGUACUAUAACAAUACACCGUUUUGUCAUCGAAUCUCUGACUGUUGAGCAACCAAACGACAGCAAGCACCACAUGAUAGCAAGAAAGUAUGGAAAAUGAGCGGUCAUACAUGGGGACGCCUGUUCUACUCGACGGUCUGCGUGCUCACCCCGAACACAUCGUCGAGAAAUGCGUUCGAGAGCCUCACGCAUUGUGCGUAGACGUUGUCGAACCCGUUCAUGCCGCCGUAGUACGGGUCGGGGAUGGGCUUGUUGUCGAGAUACGAUCCCCAGAGGCGGACUUCCGCCGUGGCGUCCCGCGGUUUCAUGCCUUGCAGCGCCCGCAGGUUGGCCUCGUCCGAUGCCAGUAUGUGCGUGAACCGCUUGAAGUCUGGCUGCUGCACUUGUCGUGCGGAGUGCUUGAUUGGGACCUUGUUCUUCUUGCAAACCUGCACGGUCCGAUCGUCAGGAUCCUCGCCGAUGUGGUAAUUCGACGUCCCGGCCGAGUCGACGGUAACGUCUAGACCACGCUCUUUUGCGACAUGCUUGAGGACCGCCUCGCCCAUCGGGGACCGGCAGAUGUUUCCUAAACACACGACGAGAACCGAAACUUCCUGCGUGGUCAUGGCAGCUAAGCG